GUCGGAAAGAAAGACACAAGCUAAACGCUCGGAUCGAGACGCCUCGUCGUCGCUGAGCUUGUUUUUUUUCUCUUCGUAACAGAAAAUAAAGAUCAAAAACGAUAAAUAAAUCGCGAGUUGUGUGGUGUGGUAGAAGAAAAAAAUGUUACUACGAAUCGCUACUUGACGUGACUAAUUGAUAUUUAACCUCAACGAUAAACAAAUUCUUGCAACAUGUUUUAUGCGCAUUUCGUCUUGGCCAAAAAGGGCCCGUUGGCCCGGAUUUGGCUUGCCGCACAUUGGGAUAAGAAACUCACCAAGGCUCAUGUUUUCGAAACUAAUAUCGAAAAAUCUGUUGAUGGUAUUCUACAACCAAAGGUAAAAAUGGCACUACGAACAUCGGGCCAUCUUUUGCUCGGAGUUGUCAGAAUAUAUUCAAGGAAAGCAAAGUAUCUCUUGGCCGAUUGCAAUGAAGCUUUUGUAAAAAUUAAGAUGGCUUUUCGGCCUGGUAUGGUUGAUUUGCCCGAAGAACACAGAGAAGCUGCUGUUAAUGCAAUUACAUUGCCAGAAGUGUUUCAUGAUUUUGACACUGCAAUGCCUGAACUGAAGGAUGUUGACAUUGAAGCCCAGUUCAGUUUAAACCAAUCGAGAGCUGAGGAAAUAACAAUGCGAGAGGACUACGGAAGUCUUUCACUUGUGACACACGAUCAAGGUUUUGGGGAUAUGAGCUUUGAUGCAGAACCACCAGAACUAAUGCGCCAUGGAAGUUCGAUGGAACCUUCUCUUGAUCAGAGUCACAUGUUAUUUAGUGACGGGCCAGGAAUAGAAACGCAACUGGAACAAAAAGAAAAAGAACCAGUACCUGGAACAUCAUCAACGUCACAACCAAUGGACAUAGAUACGCCAAUAAGAGACGAUGGUUUUGGUGGAAAUCUUGGGCAAGAUAUGAUAUCGGGUGGCCUAUUCGAAGGAGGACUUUUCGAUGAAGCGCCGAUGGGCGAAGUUCCAGUGCCGGAAGUAAGCACUCUCGGUGAAGCACAGGCACCAGCCACGACGACUGGCGUGCCACCUUCCGCGCACGAAGACUCCGACGAGGAUAUGGGUGAUCAUUUUGGCGGUCCUGCGUCACCUAUGGGUGGCAUGAGCAGUACCGAUGGCUCAAGGCCGCCAACGCCACUCGCUCCUGGUGAAGAAUUGGAGGGUAGAGCGAGCGUUGCCAGUCGUCGAUUCACACCAGCACCGCCGGUUAUUCCAGAGGAACAUCCGAUGGACGUGGCUGAAGAGCCGCCGCCUCUCCAGGACCAAACCACCUUACUCCACGACGAAGAAGAGAGUUUUGCUCUCGCUCCUGUCGAUGCUUCAGCAUUGAAAGGCUUCACAAAAGCAAAACGCAAACGUAAACUGAUUGUUGACGAAGUGAAAAACAUAUCGGGCGAAGAAAUGAAAGCCCAACUUUCGGAUACGAGUGAUAUUAUUACGACACUGGAUCUCGCCCCACCAACAAAAAGACUAAUGCACUGGAAAGAAACUGGUGGUGUCGAAAAACUUUUCGCCCUGCCUGGCAGACCACUGCCUGCACGAGUCUUGUUCAAGAACUAUCAACGUCACUUGACCAGUAAAUCUUACGAUCACGAGGACUUUGGUCGUCUUGGUGUUGAGGAAGAUUUGCCUUUGGAACAGGUGCGGGAUGCGCCUGACGCAGAAUUGGGGCCUUUCGAGCAGAGUUUGCUCGCCAAGCGAAUGGGUAGAAAGAGAAAAGCACCGGAUGACGAGCAACCCGGUAUACCUCCAGUUUUAUCGACGUCGCAAUUACCGUCGUUGGAGGAACAACCAGCCUCUGUGAUAGCAGAAACACAAGAAACAUCACUAUUAAUACCCGCGACGCCUGCACCAGUGGAUGAAUCCAUUCCGCAGCCAGAAGUAUCAGUUCCAGCAGAGCCUUCAGUUUCAGACAUCAGUAGCAUUCUCCCCUCGGUCGAUAGUUCCGAAAUGCACGUUCCACCAACCGAAGAGGCGCCUUCGUUGCCAACGGAAAUGCCUCAGAUACCUCCCGCCGACGUCACCAACCUUCUCGGCGUUCCACCUGAGGAAGAAAUCCAACCACCGGCUUCUGUUCAGCCGGAAGUCGACGUACCUAUUUUGCCGAGCUCCGAACUUCCACAGAUGGAAAAUAUGGGCUACGACCAGGCACAGCACCAAGUUUCGUAUAUGGGAUACGAGGACCUUCAACAUCCACCAGCCCAUACGCCUGGUGCGAUAUCCGAAAGGGGACCAGCAACGCCGUGGAAUCACGAAGACUACGAGUUUCCUCCUUCCGUUGGACCGCAAGAGGAACAACAAAUGGACGAAACUUAUGAACAAUUCGAAGAACGUGUUCUUAAUAAAAGAGCAGCCCACAUGUAUCACGUAAUCAAGAGCAAAUUGGAUGGCAAAGACAGAUUGACGCUCGCUGAAAUGGCGUACAAAAAUAGUCGCAAACAAGCUGCCCAAAAGUUUUAUACGUUAUUAGUCCUAAAGAAGUUCCAAGUGUUGGAAUUGAAUCAAGAAUGCUCGUACGCCGACAUAGUGGUUACCAAAGGACCCAAGUGGGAGAAUCCAUCGUUAUAAAAAUGGAGAAAGAAGAUAAAAACAGGAAAUAGACAGCGUAAGAAUAUUAGGGAUUAUUAUUUCACCUUAACUUGGAUGGGUACAUUGAGCAUAUAUGAGAAUAACGGUGAAGAGAAAAAACAAAUUCAAACAGUGCUGUUCGUGUGUUUGUUGAUAACUAUGGACAGAAGAAAAGAAGAAUAUAAGAGCCGUGAGCUUAAAUUUAUAACGACCGGUAUAACGAGAUCGAUUUUGCUUUAGAAAUGACACAAAGGAAGAACGUAUUGCGCGAAUAUUUAUUUCGUAUUCAUUGUACUAUUAUAUUUUAUUUUUACUUAUUUGAAAAAACAUAAAAGAAAAAAAAGUUGACAAAAGUAGUCUCUAAGGCUGAAAAUAUUGAGAAAGUUGGGAGGGACUAGAAGAAAAAUGGUAAAAAAAAAAAUUAAAACAAAAAGAAGUAAAAGAUUAUAUUUCUACAUAAUGUCGAUUAAAAAUUCUUCUACGAAAAAUGGCGGAAUUUUUCUUACCUCCGUCUGCGAGGUCGCCAGACGAGCGUUGUUGUGUGCGCGCGUGAAUGUCUUUCGUCGCAUUCAUUAUUCAAUCGAAGGAAGAAGAGAGAAACCGAGUGCGUGUAUCAAUUGCGAUUUUGUCACCAACUUUUCUAUUGAUGUAGUCGGAGAUGCCUUUAAAUUUUUUCCCAGCAUCAACACUAUGUGUACUAGGAUCUCGAAUACAUAUCACUUCUUUAGAACUAUCAACAUUGAAAAGAAAAAAAGUACGUGAAGAAAACUAGAAAAGUUUUCAAAAAUAUCCAUAUAUCUCGGUCCCACAAAGCAAUUUUUUAACUUUCUUUUUGGGAUCGGGAUUUCCACUUUUAUGUUUAUGAUUCUGAAAAUUAUUUUCUAAUCAAUUUCUAUGUAUAUCGAUUGGAAAAUGAUUUAUAGUCUUGAUUUUUUUCAGCAUCCCGAAUUUUCUAUCAACUUUUUAUUUUUUGAAAAAAUUCAUCAUGCGCUCUCUAAAAAUGAUGAAACAAACGCUUUGAAAUUUUCUAUUCAAUCUUUGGUCCUUUUAGUCCAAGAAUAUCAUGCAUUCUCUACCUUUCUUCGUAUACUUAUACGUUCAUGAGCAAUACAAUAAUCAAAAGCGAUGAAUACUCAAAUGUCUAUAUCGAUUGCAGACAACUCAAUAUUUUUUGAAGAUGCAAUGAUCAAACAUUCAAAAAUAGUAUUGUAGGGGAUACGUUAUUUUCAUGAAAAUCGACAAAAAUUGCACAUUGUAUGGUUAUAAAUUGAACGAUACAUCGAAAUUGCAUACAGAUAAAAAAAGUUAAUUUCUUUUUUGGAAACACGCGAUAGCAAUGGAUGGUUCGAGGGAGGAGUUCGAUAAAACUUUCCAAAGUGUCAAGGUAUUUCAAAGAAAUACUUUGGGUAAGUGGUUUAUUGUCUGAACACAGAAACAAUUGUAAAAGUGGCAUCGUCGAACUGCAUCUCUGAUCGAAAACCUUGAGAACUCAGCAAAAUCAUUCAAUUGAUCAAGUUUUUAUCAUUGUCGCAUUUUGGGUCAGGAACUCAUUGGCGGUCCAAUGCUCGCAGUUACUGUUAAUCGUUAGGCAAAAAAAAAUCCAGAACAGUAUUAAAAUGUGGCAAAAGUUCUGAUAAUUGGAAAUUUCGUCGAAAUCCUCUCUCAAAAAAUGACCAAUUGAAGCUCAUUGAGUUUGCACCGUAAUCAUUCGCAUUAAGAAAUAAACAAUUAAGUACGAGGAUUAGAGGUGGUAUGUAUUCUCCAAAAUUUGACGUACAUAUAUUGAAUACUGGAUAAUUAAGUUUCGUCUGGAAGAGACAACGGAGAAGAAAAAAUACACAAGUUAUGUUGCUAGAUUAUAACAAAAUCAUUUUCAUCAUCAUUGGACAAAUGACCUCGUUACAUUUGAAUGAUUUAUAUAUUAUAUAUGUAUAAUUACGUACCAGCUAAUGUAGAAUAGUCCACACGAAAAAAAUCCGUAAAUGUAAUAUAUUAUGAACAAAAAGACAUGGGUUCUGACAAA